UCUCUAAAACCCUAGAAGAAACCCCUGAAAGAAGAAGAAACCCUUAAACCCUAACUUUUCACUUUCGAAAUUGAAAGCUGGAACCAGAAUGACCAGAGCUUGAUUCUAAUCGCUUCUGCUUCUGGUCUGUGAAAUUUUGUAGUUUAUACAAACAAAUACAUAUCUAUUUUCUCAAUAUAUAUUUAUAUAUAUAUACAUACACGAAGGCACUGUGAUAAAAAAUACAAUGGCCAUGGACGGUAGUUUCAGUCUUCAAUUUUCACUCCAAAGGUUCCUUGGUCGUUGCCCAGAGCUUCGGUCUUUCCCGCAGUUUGAUUCACUUGCUAAUGAGAGAGACAUUGUGACAGAAGAGGAGGUGGUAAAUGUGCUGGGGGAGGUGUUUCUGCACCCAAAUUACACCAUUCCUUUGAUGGGAUGUUUUCGUCCAAUAGCCAGAAAGAUAGUGGACAAAGCUGUGGGCUUGCUUUGGCAUCUGAGCAAGUCCAAUGUGAAUGACAUGUCAGUGGAGGUCGAAGAAGAGGAAGAUUUGAAUGAAGUUGUUUCGGUCAUUGAGCACUACAAUCAAGCUGGGAGGCGUCUUGAUCUUCAUGAGCUUGCUUGCUUGGCCUUCUGUCGCGCCCUUGACUUGGCUCCUUUUUUAUUGGGGUCUAUAUUAAAAUAUUUCGAAUUUGCUCCCCCUCCUUUUGAGCGCAUUUCAAAGGAAGGAAAAAAUCCUUGGCUGUGUGGUAAGGUUGGAACUUGUAUAUUAUGUGCUGCUCGGACAUCUUACCGCCUCCUCCUCGCGGAUUCAGAAAUCUUUUCUAAACUUAGGAACUGGAACUGGUCCUGUUUCUUGGAUCUUGUAAAGCAGACCUCCAAUCCUGACCUGAGCAGCAGUGCUGCAGAUAAUACUGUUAUUGCAGACAUUAAAUGGUGUGGGAUACAGAUACUAUCAGUCAUUCUGAAAACAAGCCACAUACCAACUCCACACUUCAGUAUUGAGGCCACAGAAGCAUUCUCAUGUUUUUUGCGCUGGAAGGAGUUCUGUCAAGAUACAUCACUGGAGAAGGCUGGUUUGUAUAUUAAGUCAUCUGAACAAAAUGAGUUGAGUUCUCCUAGCAGAAGCAUUGAUUUCAACCAAGAGAACUGUCUUUACUCUUCUGGCCUUUGUUCUCUGGCCAUUUCCUCUUCACAGGUUGAUGAGAUUGAACCACCAACUCGGAGUAAAAGGCUUGCUAAAGGGGAGGAUACAUCAGUUGGAAAUAUGUUCUUUUUGACAUCUGCUGUGAAGAAAAGUUUUGAGAUGGUUAUGUUGGCAGUAAUUCAAAAGUGGCCUGUUCUUCUAUAUGGUCCUGCUGGCGCUGGGAAAUCUGCUCUUAUUCACAAGUUGGCCCAGGAUAGUAUGAACCAAGUUCUGUCUAUCCACAUGGAUGAUCAAAUUGAUGGUAAAACCUUAAUGGGAAGUUAUGUUUGUACAGAGCAACCCGGUGAAUUUAGAUGGCAGCCCGGGUCACUUACCCAGGCUGUUCAGAAUGGAUUUUGGGUUGUAUUUGAGGAUGUUGACAAAGCACCAUCUGAUGUGCAAUCCAUCAUACUACCUUUGCUGGAAGGUGCAAAAUCAUUUUCAAAUGGGCAUGGGGAGGAAAUAACGGUGGCAGAAAGUUUUCGACUAUUUUCCACAAUUUCAACUUCUAGAUUUGAUAUAUCACGCAGUUCAGAAGGUGGAAAACUUGGUGUUUUUUGGAGGAAAGUGAUGAUUGUGCCUCCAAGUAAGGAAGACUUGCAAAAUAUAAUAAAAGCCUGGUAUCCAAAUUUAGAGCCAAUUUCUGAGAAACUCAUAGAAACCUUUGAAAGGGUUAACUCUUCUCCUGUACAUCAACUAGCGGGAUUCCACCCCAGAAAUUCUGCUGUUAGUUAUCUCAGCAGAUUCUCAUUAAGGGAUCUUCUUAAAUGGUGCAAGCGAAUCUUAGGUUUAGGCUUUAGCUUCAGUGGAGAUGGUUUGUCAGCUUAUGAGUGUAAUUGCAUAUAUCAAGAGGCUGUUGAUAUAUUUGCGGCCUUUUCAACUUCAGCUGAAAACCGGUUGACUAUCAUGAAAGACAUUGCUAAGAUGUGGGCAGUGCCAGCUUCAGUAACAGAGAGUUUAUAUCCUCAUAGUAAACCUAUGAUUCAGGAAUUGCAUACAGAUUUGAAAAUUGGCCGAGUUGUUCUUCAACGCACUCAAAUAGUUUUACACAGCCAAAAGAAACCUUUUGCUGAGAUUCGUAGUUCUUUGCAUGUACUUGAGAGAAUAGCUUGCUCUGUUAAGUUUAAUGAACCUGUUCUCUUGGUUGGUGAAACGGGUACUGGGAAGACAACACUUGUGCAGUAUCUAGCCACGAAACUUGGCCAGAAACUUACUGUCUUGAACUUAAGUCAGCAAAGCGAUGUUGCUGAUUUAUUAGGUGGAUUUAAGCCUAUGGAUGCGCAGUUUGUGUGCUUCCCCCUUUAUAAGGAGUUUGAAGAUCUUUUCUCUAAGACAUUCUCCAUGAAGGUCAACGUUGACUUUCUAGCCCAUUUACAAAAGCAUCUUAGUAAUAAAAAUUGGAAAAUGUUACUAGCUGGGUUUCAAAAAGGUGUUGAUUCUUUCCAUAAGUUUGUUCAAGAGGGAAGAUCAAGGUCUGGUAAAAAGCGGAAGAAACCUUUGAAUGAAGAAAGAUACAAAGCUUGGGAUAACUUUUCAUUGAAGCUUGAAACUGCUCGUGGGCAAAUUGGUGCUUCAUCGGGCAUGAUGUUUUCAUUUGUAGAAGGAGCUUUUGUUACUGCACUUAGAAAUGGUGAGUGGAUUUUGCUUGAUGAGGUGAACUUGGCACCUCCAGAGACUUUGCAGAGAGUUAUUGGUGUUCUUGAAGGAGAAAAUGGGUCACUUUGUUUAGCUGAAAGAGGGGAUGUCAAUUAUAUACAACGACAUCCUAAUUUUCGUAUAUUUGCUUGCAUGAAUCCUGCAACUGAUGCUGGGAAGCGGGAUUUGCCCUUUUCUUUGAGGAGUAGAUUUACAGAGUACUUUGUUGAUGAUGUGUUGGAUGACAAAGAUUUGACUCUAUUUAUUAAUCAGUUUAUAGAUGACAGCAAAAGUAAUCGAGAAUUAGUGAAUAAAAUUGUGCGCUUUUACAAAGCAGCUAAAAAGGAGUCAGAAGACAGGCUGCAAGAUGGGGCUAACCAGAAACCACAAUACAGUUUACGGUCUCUCUAUCGGUCAUUAGAAUAUACUAGGAAAGCAGAAAGGGAGUUUGGGUUUCCCAAAGCAAUAUAUGAUGGGUUCUGUAUGUUUUUUCUCACUCUUUUGGAUGGCCCCAGUGCUGAGAUAAUGAACCAAAUGAUUUUGUCAUAUUUGUUGGGGAGGAAUAUGCCUCCGCAUGUGCCUUUUGAUGGUUACUUAAACCUAAAAGAAAAAUUCAAGUUGAUUAUAAAAAAAAAAGAGAAAUCCGAGUCUGGUUUGGAGAACUAUGUUUUAACUAAAAGUGUUAAGGAGCAUCUUAGCAACUUGGCACGCGCAAUUUUUAUUAAAAGGUAUCCUGUUCUUCUACAGGGACCCACAUCUAGCGGGAAAACUAGCCUUGUUCAGUAUCUAGCUGCAAUAACUGAUCAUGAAUUUGUACGGAUCAAUAAUCAUGAACACACUGAUUUGCAGGAAUAUUUAGGUUCCUACAUUACUGAUGCUAGUGGAAAACUUGUAUUUCAUGAAGGUGUAUUGGUUAAGGCUGUACGUAAUGGUUAUUGGAUAGUUUUGGAUGAGCUUAACUUGGCACCAUCUGAUGUACUGGAAGCCUUGAAUAGAUUGCUUGAUGACAACAGAGAACUUUUUGUGCCUGAACUGCAGGAAACUAUCCGAGCGCAUCCAGAUUUCAUGCUUUUUGCCACUCAAAAUCCGCCUACUUUCUAUGGUGGGCGCAAAAUGCUAUCUCGAGCAUUUCGCAAUCGUUUUGUGGAGAUCCAUGUGGAUGAAAUCCCAGAAAAUGAGUUGAGCACAAUAUUAGAGGAGAGGUGUAAAGUCCCUGAAAGUUAUGCUAAGAAAAUGGUUGAUGUCAUGAAGGAAUUGCAGUUGCUCAGGCAGAGGAGCAAAGUAUUUGCAGGAAAGCAUGGGUUUAUUACUCCAAGAGAUUUGUUCCGUUGGGCUCAUCGCUUCAAGAAAUUUGGGAGUUCUUACGAAGAUUUGGCUAGAGAUGGCUAUUAUCUUCUAGCUGAAAGGUUGCGAGAUGAGGAUGAGAAGUAUGUUGUCCAAGAAGUUUUGGAGAGACAUCUCAGAGUUAAACUUGCCAAAGAUGAAUUGUACAAGCAGGGAACGGUUGCUGGGAACCCUUCUUUCAGACCUUGUGAUGGUGCAGGGGUUUCAGAGACUUUCCAAAAUGUCAUCUGGACUAAAAGUAUGUGGAGACUGUUCUUUCUUGUUAAGCGAUGCUAUGAAUUAAAAGAACCUGUACUACUUGUUGGUGAAACGGGGGGUGGGAAGACUACUGUCUGUCAAUUACUGAGUAGUGAUUUGGGCUUGAAAUUGCACAUACUAAACUGCCAUCAGUACACAGAGACAUCUGAUUUUCUCGGGGGGUUUUAUCCUAUUCGAGAGAGAUCGAGACUGAUUGCAAAAUAUAAAGAAAUAAUGGAACAGGUGAUGACAUUGGAGGCUUUUAUCCGCCAUCCUCUAGAAUCUACCAUUUCUUCAGAUAUUAGUCAAGCUUCUUCGACUCUUGAUCAGCUGACUAAAAUGAUAGCUCAUUCCAAACAAGGCCUUGCCUUGGGUUCUGAUGUUACAAUGGAUUUUGAAAAUAUGAUAGAAGAACUCUCUAAUCUGCAUCAGAAAUGGCAGACCAUUUUUAUGUGGCAAGAUGGGCCUCUUGUACAAGCAAUGAAAGAUGGUGAUUUAUUCCUUGUGGAUGAAAUUUCCUUGGCUGAUGAUAGUGUACUUGAAAGACUGAACAGUGUAUUGGAGCCAGAAAGAAAACUAUCUUUGGCUGAGAAAGGUGGGUCUGUUUUGGAGAAAAUUACUGCUCAUCAAAAUUUUUUUGUUCUUGCAACUAUGAAUCCUGGUGGUGAUUAUGGCAAGAAGGAACUAUCUCCAGCUCUUCGUAAUCGGUUUACAGAGAUAUGGGUUCCCCCUGUUGGUGACCUAAAUGAGCUUAAGAGUAUUGCUCUGCAGAGAUUUUCCAACCCAAAACUAUCGCACAUUGUAGAUGCUAUGCUAAGUUUUUGGGAAUGGUUCAACCAGUUACACCCUGGGCGGAUGCUUACUGUUAGAGAUCUUCUCUCUUGGGUUGCUUUUAUUAACAUGACAGAGAGGAGUUUAGGGCCUGAAUUUGCAUUUCUCCAUGGGGCAUUUCUUGUGUUGCUUGAUGGACUAAGUUUAGGGACUGGUAUUUCUAAAAAGGAUGCUGUAGAGUUGAGGCAAAGAUGCUUGCAUUUUCUAUUGGAAAAGCUAACGGUGGAAACCAAUAAUUUGAUAUACACAAAACUUUCAAGGAUGGAAAAUUUUGGGUGGGGUGAUCUGGGAAUGACUGCUGAUAUUUCUUGUACUGGAAAUAUGCAAUGUGACAAUAUCUUUGGUAUCGAUCCAUUCUACAUUGAAAAAGGUUGUGAAAGCUGUGAGGUAGGGGAAUUUGAGUUUUUGGCACCAACGACCUGCAGAAAUGCCUUGCGGGUACUGAGGGCAAUGCAACUUCCAAAGCCAGUUUUAUUGGAAGGUAGUCCAGGAGUUGGGAAGACAAGUUUAAUUGUUGCCUUGGGCAAAUUUUCUGGACAUAGGGUUGUACGUAUAAACUUAUCUGAGCAGACUGAUAUAAUGGACUUGUUGGGGUCAGACUUACCUGUUGAGGGUGAUGAAGGAAUAAAGUUUGCAUGGUCUGAUGGAAUCCUAUUGCAGGCUUUAAAGGAAGGUUGUUGGGUUUUGCUUGAUGAACUUAAUCUUGCUCCACAAUCUGUGUUAGAGGGUUUGAAUGCUAUUCUGGAUCACCGAGCUGAAGUCUUUAUUCCGGAGCUGGGUUGCACCUUUAAGUGUCCCUCAUCUUUUAGAGUUUUUGCAUGUCAAAAUCCUUCGCAUCAAGGUGGUGGUAGAAAAGGCCUUCCAAAAUCCUUUCUCAACCGUUUCACUAAGGUUUAUGUGGAUGAGUUAGCUGAGGGUGACUAUCUUUUCAUCUGUAGUUCGCUUUAUCCAUCAAUCCCCAGGUCCAUACUAAUAAAACUGAUAUCAUUUAACAAACGAUUGCAUGAAGAGACAAUGUUGUAUCACAAAUUUGCUCAGGAUGGCUCACCUUGGGAGUUUAAUCUACGUGAUGUGAUUCGGUCAUGUCAGAUCAUACAAGGUGCAGUGGAGAACUUGAGAGAUUAUUCCUUCCUCAACAUUCUUUAUAUUCAAAGAAUGCGUACAGAAGUUGACCGCAGAGAGGUCAUACAGCUCUUUGAGCAGGUUUUUGAGGUGAAGUCAUUUAUAAAUCCUUACCCACGGGUUCAGCUUAAUUCUCAGUACUUAAUUGUGGGGAACACUGCCAUUAAAAGGAACCUUUUUCAAUCAUCUAAAAUUUCAAGCAGUCAGCUUAAAGUUAUGCCUGAAAUUCGUCAAUGUUUAGAAGCUGCUGCACAUUGUAUUCAGCAUCAAUGGCUGUCCAUUGUGAUUGGUCAAUCAUCAUCUGGUAAGACUUCGUUGAUAAGGUUACUUGCUCAGCUUACUGGCAAUGUACUAAAUGAAUUAAAUCUUUCGGCUGCAACUGAUAUAUCUGAGUUACUUGGAUGCUUUGAGCAAUAUGAUGCUUCCCGAAAUUUUCGAUUUGUUGCUGAUCAAGUUGAGUGCUAUGUUAAGGAGUAUUAUAGUUUGCAAUUGGAGUCCUCGAAGGAAGCAUCUAUUAGUGAAAGAAAUGAUCAGUUAAUAGCCAAAUGUAUUGCUUUAAAAAGCAUGGAUUGUAACUUUUUAUCAGGCUCUACUGAGCAUGCAGAGAAGGGGAAGAGAAUCACCGAUUCCCUGAGUUUGUUAGUUGAGAUCAUUGAACAACUAAAGGAUCUUAAGAAAAAUGAUCUACCUCUGUCAUGGUCGAUCAGGGAUCUUGAUAGAGCCAUGAAGACAAUUUUAAAGUUGCAAGAGGAUUAUCAGAAAAGGUCUUUUUCUGCGAAGUUUGAAUGGGUUAUGGGACCUCUGAUAAAAGCUAUUGAACGUGGAGAAUGGAUUGUUCUAGAGAAUGCAAAUCUUUGUAAUCCCACGGUUCUUGAUAGACUCAACUCUUUAGUGGAGCCUUCUGGAUCAAUUACACUUAAUGAGUGUGGAAUUGUUGAUGGAAAACCAGUGGUUCUUCAUCCACACCCUAAUUUUCGGAUGUUCCUCACAGUUAACCCAAACUAUGGUGAAGUUUCCCGAGCAAUGCGAAAUAGAGGAGUUGAGAUAUUUAUGAUGCAGCCAUACUGGUUACUAGAUGAAGGAAGUGGUUACAGUUCUGUACAGAUUGAAUUAAAAGAUGUGGAGAGAUUUCUUAUUCUUUCUGGUAUUCCUGGAGGUAGAUUGGUUGAAUCAAUGGCCAAAUCGCAUGUCUUCGCUAGGAACGAAGGUUCAAGACUUAAUAUCAGCAUUACGUAUCUUGAGCUGUCACAUUGGGUGCAGUUAUUCCAUCAGCUUCUAAUGAAUGGUAAUCAGCCUUUGUGGAGUCUUCAUGUGAGUUGGGAGCAUACAUAUCUUUCUUCUUUUGGUGAAGCUGAAGGGGGAAAUAUAAUAGGCCAUGCUAAAAGCACUUAUUUAUCAGUUAUAGAGUUGUUGGAUUCAUCACUAGCUUUUACUUUGUGUUUGCCUGGAGGAUGGCCAAUGCCAUUGAAAGUAAUGGAUUUUGUACAGUACUCAAAAGAAACUUGUGUGAAACAAAAUUGCAUGUAUCUAGAGUUCCUGGGGGCUCAGUUUGCAUCAUUUGAAUCAGGAAUUUUUAGUGGCCAUAAAAGUGCUUACUUGAUAAAUGUGAAGAAGUUAGAACAGAAAAUGUUUCCCAAGUCUUCAAAUUCAACUGUUUCAAACUUUGGGAAAACGGAAUUAGCAUUGGCUAAUAAGAUGCUGGAAUUUGCUGCCAACUGGGCCAUUGAACAAGCCACGGAAAAUGAUCUAGAGCUUUAUCUUCUCUGGUUUAACUGGUUUAGUGCUCAAUUGCAACCCUUCUGCCAGUUUUUCAGUUCUUUUCUGAUGUUAAUCAAGCGGGUAAUGGAUCAUCCUGUUUGGAAAUACAUUUCUCAGCGACACCGUGAGGUUGCAUCUCUUCACCAAGUAGAUUUUGGCUUGCUGCCCAUACCAAUGUUGUCAUUAGAAUUAGUUAAUUUAAUGGCAUCGAAGGACAUGGCUGAAUCAUGCAGCUUAUUUUUAAGUAAUGCCAUUAACUGCCUAGGUCCAUUAAGAGUUAGCUGUCAGCAAUGGAAUGCCCAGAGCAGCCAUGAACAUAGUGAUGAAGCUCAGGGUUCUGUAUUGAAAUCUCUGCGAGUAAUUGAAGAGGAAAUUCUUCAUAAGUUUGUUGAUUCAUCAUACAUGUUUAUGGAAUCUCCUUCUUUUGCUGUGCUGAUUCAAUUAUACACUGACCUUCUCGAAGAUCACAUACUUUUCUGGAAUGGUGUUAACUCUGACCCAACUACAUCGUCAAAUGUUGAGCAGUUGCGAAUUUCCUGGCGUUCUUUGAUGAAGGAUGUCACAAAAUUGAAGGAAAAAUUGAGUGAUGUCUGCCCAGAAGCAGCUGAGAUUGUGCUGAGGGAGAGCAAGAAUCUGGAGAAUUUCGCUAAUUUAUUUCAUAAAGAGCAUCAACUUUCAUUACUUUGUGAGAAGUCCUUGCUUUGGAUUCAUGGGGGUCAUCCAUUCUUGCCACCUUCUGCUAAUUUAUUUCAUAAACAACAUCAACUUUCAGUGCUUUGUGAGGUACUUUGGCCAACAAAUUCAAACUCAUGGGUGCAAGCAGUGAAUAGAAGUCUGAUUGAGGUUGUUGCAUCAUCAAAUCCCGAACUUCGUUUUCUUGCAAUGCAAGGUGUUUCCAUGUCAUUAUAUAUUAUGGGCAGAUGUAAUGAUAUUGAAGAUGAUGUCCCUGUUGUUCAGCAGUUGGAGGAGAUGCAUCAGAUGCUUUCGGAAAGAUUUAAACAAGAAAAACACAAAUUGGAGGCAAAUUUGGGUUUUAGUGAGCAUAUAAGUUCUGAGGCAAAUUCAGCUGCUUGUUGUAUCUUCUGCCCUGAAAUAUUGUGUAGGAAGUCCGGGUUUGAUAGCUGGCAGGACACUCUUCCUUUAAUUGACAGAACAAGUCUUUUCCUUGAUAUAAUGUUACUUCAGAAGCUCUCAUCUUUCCUCUUGCUUGAUCCCAAAAGAUUACAGCUGGAUUUGGGUACUGUAACCAACCUGCUGGAGUCUGGCUUGAAAUAUUCCUUGACAUUCUCAUCAAGACCUCCCCAAAUGUUUUUACCACAUCAAAAGAUCUUGUGGACAAUGGAUGCAUGGACUUCAAUGGAUGCAGUGAAUGGGAAAAUUGCCAGUUUUGUUCUUGAAAUGUGGUUUAGGUGGCAUCAGUCUCUUUGGAUCCAUCAGCCUGUUUUUAUCAAGAACUUCUCAAAGAUUGGUGAUUAUGAUAUUCCACUACCUGAUAUGCUUGUACAGCCUGUGAAUACAGCAACAGUCUUCCAGAUUCUGCAAGGUGCAUCCGCUAUCCGUGAAUAUGAUGUGCGAUGUCUGAAGCUUAGAGUUGCUUCUUGUAACCUCUGGAACAGCUCUGUGACUGGGACAAAAUUUCAUCAUAUUCUUUUAUCUAUGGCUCGUUCUCUUUUCCACCAGAUUAUAUAUGCACAUAAAAAGUCUUUUGAUUCAAAUGAUUUUGCAACAAUCAAGUCCAAUCUUUGUGCAUUAUCGGAGAAUUCAGUUAAGCAGGAAAACCUCCAGCAAAUGAGUUCCCUUAUUCUCUCAUCAAGCCAUGGCAGAUUGAAGGAGUCGGUGCAAAAGUACAUUGAACCACUGCUAAAAGAUCUCUAUCUUCACUGUGAAUCUACUGACUUCCACUAUAUUCUUGGUUGUGCAUGGUUACGGAUUGGGGGAUUACGUUUUCAUCUCUUGCUUAGCUCUGAUGAUCUAGAUCCGGCCAUGAAGUACUAUUGGAAGAAUUCACAGUUGGCUGAGAAGAUAGCAUCCCUUAAGCUUGAAAUCCAGGUGCGACAAGAGUGUGGCUACUUAGCAGGACACUUUUCUACAAGAGAAGAUGAUAAUAGAAGAACACUGACUUUAGAAAAUCUUGAAGUGGAGCUUAAAAGGGUGCAAAGAAAGAUUGUGUUCCGCUCUGAUCCUGGGAAAUUUAUGAAGUUAAAACAUGAUUGCAAAGAAUUUUUCAAAAAAUGUGAUGGGCUUCUUAAAUGUAUUACACCUUUGGAGGUUAUGAUGAGUAAUAUUGAAGCCAUGGGCUUACCACAGAUUGUUGAUCAAGUGUGCAACUGGCAGGACACAGCAACCUGUUUUGUUGGCCGAUUAUCAGAGGAAUAUGCUGAAUAUGUUGAUGUAGUUCAACCAGUUCAAGUUGCAGUUUAUGAAAUGAAAUUGGGCUCAUCGCUGGUUCUGGCAAGUGUCUUCCAGAAAGAUUUGCUGAGGAUGGUUGAGCUGGACGAUAUGGAUCUCAUUAUGGGAACUAUCUAUUCAUUCAUGAGAUUUCCCCGUGGAUUUCCAUCCAAGUUGAUUUCUGUUAACUUGAGCAGCACACAGCCUCAGCUUCUUUCCUAUGACAUAGAUAUUCCCACAAUCUUCUCUGCUGCUGAUAUGACCUUGCUAGAAAAGUUGGUUACAUUCUCAAAUGGUGUUGCUGUUGAUAAGGUCUCUGUUAUGCAACUUAAAGCGUCUCUUCAUCAAAAUGUUCUUGUCCGUGUUGCACAUCAUGUAGCUAAUGCUCAAUUGAUGGAUAAAGAGUCCUUUAAGCUUUUGCAUAAAAUAUUUAAAGAAUUUUCCAACCUUUGGGUGAGCAUGAAAAUUCAAGCAAAAACCAAAAAGGACUAUGAUUCUCAGCAGUACAAGUUCAGGCCUCGUGCGUUUCAGAUUGAGAGGAUUAUUGAAGUUGAUAUAUCAACACUUGGCAAGUCAAUGGGAAAUGAUAGUUUUUCAGAAUGGAAGGCAUUGCUUUCUGAAGAAAAGUUGACUACAAUGGAGACUUCUAAGGAACAAGAAGCUUUGGAGGAAGAAUGGGAUGUAAUAGAGGAGUCCAUCCUGAACAACAUGGUCGACAUUCACAAUCAUUUAUUUGGUUCAAAUAAUCUUGUUGCUCUUGAAACUUUCCAAAUACCUGAUGCAGAGAGAUUGCUUUCCUUUACUGACUCCUAUAGAUUGGGAGUAGGGAUGAUUAAAGGUUUUGGAAGUUUAUUUUUGUCCAGUUUAGAUGCUAAACUUGUGCCAGAGCACUUAUUACGUCUUUGUUUGGAGCAUGAGCAGACAAUUGCAUCUCGUAGAUCUGCUUGCAAAUACAAUUUUUACAAGGAUUCAAAUGCUCCUCUAAUGGCUAAAAUGGUGAAACUGCUUUCUCCUAUUCAACAGCAGAUUCUUUCCCUCUUGAAUGAAUGGGAGGAUCAUCAUGGCCUCCAAAGUAUCAUGGGUGUAAUUAAGAUGCUCGUGAAUAUUCCUUUCAGCACCCCAUUGGCUAAGGCUCUUUCUGGAUUACAAUUUCUACUUCACAGGGUCCAGGCAUUACAUGAAAAUGGCUCAAAAUUCUCCCUAGCUGAUCAAUUGGAGCCUAUUCUUGAUCUGAUGUCAUCAUGGAAAAAGUUGGAAUUUGGAUCUUGGCCUGCCCUGCUUGAUGAAGUGCAGGAUCAGUAUGAGAUUAAUGCUGCGAAGUUAUGGUGUCCUCUAUAUACAAUUCUUCAACCCAGAGAUUCUGUUGAUACAGUUGGAUAUGACCUAUCUACCAUCCAAAGUUUGGAGGAAUUCAUUAACACAUCCAGCAUUGGUGAAUUUAGGAAACGUCUUCAACUUCUUUUUGCUUUCCUUGGUCAAUUUGAAACUGGUAGAUGCCUGAAUAUUUAUUCAUGCCCUUCUGAUAUGGAAAAUCUGAAGAUCUUGUACAAUGUAUUUGGAUUUUAUGUGCAAUUCUUACCAACCAUCUUGGAGCACAUAAAAGCUAUUAGAAGAAAUAUUGAGGUAGAGCUAAAAGAACUUCUGAAACUAUGUGGAUGGGAGCGUUCAGAAAGCUUGCUGUCAAUUAAAAACUCAAAAAGUACCCGGAAUAAGCUCAGGGAUCUUAUAGAGAAGUACAAUGACCAUCUGCAAAAGCCUGUAUUGCCUUUUCUUAACCAAUAUGCACUACAAAGGGGAACAAAUGCUCAAUUACUAAAUGGUCAAAAGCUGCUUAAUGAAUUUUCAGAAAAAAAUAUAGGGAUGUGCAAUGCUCCUUUUGAUCUGACAGCAUUCUGUGAUGAAGACAGGUUAUUUUAUGCUGAUUGGAGAAAAAAAGUAGAUCAUGCUUUGCAGGAGUUGCACCUUGAGAGAGAUUCUGAUUUUGAUACUCCUUUCUUACACUUUCAGCCUGCUGAAGAGGUUGGUAGUAUUUUAAGGCAAUGUUCGGCCUCCCAGUCUACAUGCCUCUUGUACCAGGAACAAUGGAAGGAUGUGUGGUGCACAAUUGAAAAUAUAUAUCAAACUGUAGUGCAUUGUGGUGAUCUAUGGAAGGACACAAACAAGAGUCUGGGGAAGAGGAGGGCCUUUUCAGAGCUUCUAAAGCUGUUAGAAAGCAGUGGCAUGUCUAGGCACAAGUCUAUAUAUAUGGAGGGCCAACACAAAUCUUGGUGGUUCCUUGAGCCAUCAUAUGAUGUACAGCAUCUGCUUGUGACACAAAGUAGACUGGCUCCUGGAGCUUUGGAUGUUGCCGCUGCCAGCAAAUUUCAAAGUUUUCCCCAUGAGACCUUGGUUGCUGAAUGGAAAACCGCCAGUGAGUACUACUUUAAGAGCAUAGCAUCAGUGCUGCUUCUGCAACAGAUUUGCCUAAACUCCCACAAGGAUAUUACUCGUGAACAGGUUGAUAGGUCGGGGGCUUUUCUCAACCAGCUCAUUGAGAUACAGCAGAAGCAGCAGGUUGCUGUCAAUGAUUUUGCUAAGCAAUUGAAGCGCUUGAGGGAAUCUGUAUCUACAUUGGAAAAUCUCUAUCCAAAUUCUCCAACCACUGAUAUUGAAACUGUUAGUGUGUGUCAUAUCAAAAAUAAACAUGGCACCUUGAAAUGCCUGUGGCAGCAGAAGGAACUGUUUGAUGGUUUGUGUGUCAUGCUGAAUGAAGCAUCGCUGGUGCUAAGAACAUUUGAAGAUACCCAUUUGAACACUUGUCAUGGUGUCAAAACUGCAGCAAAUAGGGUUCUUGCUUUCAUUGGAAAAUUUGUUCCUGAUUUUCAGAAAUCUAAGGAAGCAUUGGAUUAUUACCUUCUUGGCCAAAACAGAUCUACAGCAACACUAGCUGGUACCUCACACUGUUAUGUUAUUACAAAACAAAUGGAACAGUUGGUGUCUCAAAACUUCCAGGCCAUAAAGAAUUUUGAGGAGCAUCUCUUAGCUUUCCAAAAGCAAGAUGUGGAUUCAAGCUCAGUUAUAGAAGUUUUGUUCAGUCAUUUUGAAGUGGUGUUUAGAAAGGGAGAAUUGAUGGAGGAAGAGUAUAAUUCCAUGCCGUCAAUCAAUGAACAUACUGAGGGCAAUAGUUCUGGGUUUGUUGAAGCCCUUAACAGUACUUUUGAACAUAUCACUGAUGCAUUGGGGAGAUUAGGUUCAUCAAGUUCUGGUCAAAACCUUCCAGAAGAGUCAGUGGGGAAUAUUACCUCUUGGGAAUUUCUGUUUAACUCAUUUGUAGUGGAUUUAAGAUUGGAUCUAUUAUGUGAUAAGCUUCUCAAAACUAUGUUUUUUGCGGAAAAACUCCUGAAUCAUUCUAGCAUUGAUAUUAGCAGUAAUUCCCAAAUUGGAGCACAAUUUAAGCAUCUACAUGUCUCUGUGAACAUAAUUUUGAACUUUGGUGAUGCACUCCUGCAGGAUCUUUUAGCUAUGUAUAGAACGGUUUCUAUGGUGACCCAUGUGCUUGCAAGUGUUUUUGCUUCUUUAUUUUCAAAAGGAUUUGGAAUCUCUGCCGAAGAUCAGGUGGAUGAUGGUACUCGUGAUAGAUCUGAAGAUGCAAAUGGAACUGGUAUGGGAGAAGGUGCUGGAAUGAAUGAUGUCAGUGAUCAGAUAACCGAUGAAGAUCAGCUAAUUGGGGCAUUGGAUAAGCCAGGUGAAGAGCAAGAUGCCUCAAAUGAAGUCCCGAAUAAGAAUGAGAAGGGGAUUGAGAUGGAACAGGAUUUUGCAGCCGAUGCACAGAGCGUUAGUGAGGACUCUGCAGAAGAUAACAAUGAUGAUGAUAGUGAGGACGAGCAGUUAGAGUCUGCAAUGGGGGAAACCGGUGCUAACAGUGAAGCAGUUGAUGAGAAACUUUGGGAUAAGGAUGAAGAUGAACCACCCAGUAAUUCAAAUGAGAAGUAUGAAUCAGGGUCUUCUGUUAGGGAUAGAGAUACAAGCUCUAGGGAGCUUAGGGCCAAGGAAGACAGUGCUGCUACUACUGAUGAACCUGGAGAGCUUAAUGCUGAUGAACCUGCAGAGCUUAAUUCUGAUGAACUUGACAAACAAGAUGAUGAGAUUGGAAGUGAGGACAAUCUUGCUGACAGAGAGAACAUAGAAGACAUGAAACUGGACAAAGAAGAAGCAUUUGCUGAUCCCACAGGGUUAAAUCCGGAUGAGUCAAAUCAGUGUUCUGAUGAAGAUAUGGACACAGAUGAAAAGGAGGUUGCAGAUUCUGUGGAGGGCACAGAUCCUGUGGAGAAUGAGGAGUCUGAUGAGAAGGGAAACCAUGAGGAAGAAAAUACAAAUGCCACAGAUGAAACUAUGGGAGAGGCAGAGGCAGAACAAGUGGGUGGAAGUCCUGAAAGGGAUGAUCCUGGUAGAGAUCAUGAAGAGAAUGUUGAGAAGAAUUUAACCAAACCAAGUAAUGAUAUGUUCAAGCCAGGAAUUUCUGAUCUUAUUUCUGAUCGUGUGCCCAAUGCAGAAUCUGCAACACAACCAAAGGGUGACUCUCAGGCACCAGAUUCAAGAAAUAUAGCGCCACAAUCAAACUGGUCUAGCGGCAAUGAUGCUCAAAAUGACUUUGCUCCUUCAAAGGGCUUACCUUCCACUAAUACUACUGAAAUGGAUAUUGAGGUUGCUGACUCAUCAAAUAGUGGGAGAUUCACUGACGAUCAACCAAAAAGUCAGUUCCCUCAACAUGAACCUUCAUCUACUCAAAAAACCCAAACUAAUCCUUACCGGAAUGUUGGGGAUGCACUUGAAGAGUGGAAAGAAAGAGUCAAAGUGUCUGUUGAUCUUCAGGCAGACAAUAGAGAGUCACAAGAUGAGAUCGAGGAUGCAAAUGAAGAUGAAUAUGGAUUUGUGUCCGAAUUUGAGAAAGGGACAGCACAGGCCUUGGGACCUGCAACAUCUGAGCAGGUUGACAGAAAUGUCAAUGGAAAUAAGCUGGAUGAAGAUAGUCUUACGGUGCAUAGGGAUGACCUUGCUGAUAUGGAGAUUGAGAAGCAAAAUUCUGAAGCACCCCCUCUCAAGAGCUCUGCCUCAAUGCAAAGAAGUAAGAUUGAAGAGCAUAUGCAGCUCACAGAUUUGGAGAAGUCACCUAAUGAGGGAUCUGAAGAGGUUCAAAGUCUUGAUGAUGAUAAUCCUGGAAGCCUUUCAGAGAGUUUGGUCUCUGUCAAGAAGUCUUACUUGAGUGAAGGCAUACAUCAAUUCAGCAAACUUUCUGUUGAUGAUGAGCUGGGAAAGGCCCAAGAUCCCGAGGAAGUUUCCAAUGAUGUGAACAAUAAUGCUACUGCUCUUUGGAGGAGAUAUGAACUGCAGACAACAAGGUUAUCCCAGGAAUUGGCAGAACAAUUGCGUCUUGUGUUAGAGCCCACUCUUGCCAGCAAGCUCCAAGGGGAUUAUAAAACUGGUAAGCGUAUUAACAUGAAGAAGGUAAUUCCAUACAUUGCAAGUCAUUACAGGAAAGAUAAGAUAUGGCUGAGGCGGACCCGACCUAACAAACGUGAUUAUCAAGUUGUUAUUGCUGUGGAUGAUUCCCGUAGUAUGUCUGAGAGUUGCUGUGGUGAUGUUGCCAUUGAGGCUCUAGUAACUGUUUGUCGUGCCAUGUCUCAACUGGAAAUGGGAAACUUGGCUGUUACAAGCUUUGGAAAGAAGGGGAACAUUAGGUUACUGCAUGAUUUUGAUCAGUCGUUUACUGGAGAGGCUGGGAUCAAGAUGAUCUCCAGCUUGACAUUCAAACAAGAGAAUACCAUUGCGGAUGAACCGGUGGUUGAUCUGUUGACGUAUUUGAACAACAUGUUGGAUGUAGCUGUGGCAAAGGCACGACUUCCAUCUGGACAGAACCCAUUACAACAGCUUGUCUUGAUCAUUGCAGAUGGUCGGUUCCAUGAGAAGGAAAACUUAAAGCGCUGCGUUAGAGAUGCAUUGAGUCGGAAGCGUAUGGUUGCAUUUCUACUUCUAGAUAGUCCGCAAGAGUCAAUCAUGGACCUCAUGGAAGCAUCCUUUGAGGGUGGAAGCAUUAAAUUUUCAAAGUAUAUGGAUUCCUUUCCCUUCCCAUAUUACAUUGUGCUAAGGAACAUUGAAGCACUUCCUAGAACCCUUUCUGACUUACUGAGACAGUGGUUUGAGCUUAUGCAGUAUUGGAGGGAAUAAAUUUGUUGGAUUGAAGAGUUCAGUGCGACACAAUUUGACUUGUAAAUGUGCAAAGUUUGACGGGCACUAGGUGCGGUAUAAUGUAGUGUUCAAAUCCAGAAAAAAAAAAUGAUGUUAUAAUUUUAGAUGGCCUGUACCUGUAGUAUUUCAAAUGCUGCUUAACAAAAUUAUGUUAUCAAUAAUAAAGGUUAUUUAUUGUGUCAAA